GCCUCUCUCGGUCUCGGCGAAUUGUUGGAACUCCCACUACGAGGCUAUCGAUUAUUCAAAUACCCCUCGGAAUACGCACCGCUAGGACAGGACUCAAAAUGGGGUGCCGAUUUCCUGCUCUGGUGGUACCUGACUGCGACCGUGAUUGGGAUCGUGCCGUAUGUGAUAUCCACAAGUCUCGAUGAGCCGAUAUUAUGGCUGUUCCUCUUCACGCCAGGCUUCUUGGUGGGGUUUGCGGUGUUGACUGCUGCUGCCAGUCUGUUCCCGUUCAAACUUCCGUUCCGAGUUAGUAGUGAUGCGAAGGGAGAGAGUUGUAAACCUUUCACAUAUUAUGUUAUCGAGGAUUUUGUUGCUGUGGAUGCGGGGCAGGGGAAGGGGUAUAGGGAGGAGUUGAAGGAAAGAUGGAACACGAGUCCAGUCUUCAGGAGGAUGAUUUGGGAUGUUAAUCUUUGGUGGACUAUUGGAGGGGUGAUCUUUAUUGCGGCACUGGCCGUUGUUACCUGGGGAUGCGAUUUUGACACGGCGUAUGGCUUGUCUUUUGGGGUACUGUUCAUAUGGAUUGGGGUUUGGGCGCUGGUGACUUGGUUAUGGGUGAACAGAAACCUCCGUGUAGAA